GCCCGUCUGCAGCGAGUGACCGCGCGGCGUGAACGGCCGCCCGCCUCCCCUCCGCCUCCCCCUCCGCCUUUUGCCACCUGGGGCGGCGCGGCCCGGGCGCCCCGAGCCCGGCUCGCGCGUAGAGCCGGAGCCAUGCACGUGCGCUCGCUGCGCGCCGCGGCGCCGCGCGGCUUCGUGGCGCUCUGGGCGCCGCUGUUCCUGCUGCGCUCCGCCCUGGCCGACUUCAGCCUGGACAACGAGGUGCACUCGAGCUUCAUCCACCGGCGCCUCCGCAGCCAGGAACGGCGCGAGAUGCAGCGGGAGAUCCUCUCCAUCUUGGGCUUGCCGCACCGCCCGCGCCCCCACCUCCAGGGCAAGUACAACUCCGCGCCCAUGUUCAUGCUGGACCUGUACAACGCCAUGGCGGUCGAGGAGGGCGCGGGGCCCGACGGCCAGGGCUUCUCCUACCCCUACAAGGCGGUCUUCAGUACCCAGGGCCCCCCUCUGGCCAGCCUGCAGGACAGCCACUUCCUCACCGACGCCGACAUGGUCAUGAGCUUCGUCAACCUCGUGGAACAUGACAAGGAGUUCUUCCACCCGCGCUACCACCACCGGGAGUUCCGCUUCGAUCUGUCCAAGAUCCCAGAGGGGGAAGCCGUGACCUCGGCCGAGUUCCGGAUCUACAAGGACUAUGUCCGGGAGCGCUUCGACAAUGAGACCUUCCGGAUCAGCGUGUACCAGGUGCUGCAGGAGCACCUGGGCAGGGAGUCGGACCUCUUCCUGCUGGACAGCCGCACCCUGUGGGCCUCUGAGGAGGGCUGGCUGGUAUUCGACAUCACCGCCACCAGCAACCACUGGGUGGUCAACCCUCGACACAACCUGGGCCUGCAGCUCUCAGUGGAGACUCUGCAUGGGCAGAGCAUCAACCCCAAGCUGGCGGGGCUGAUCGGGCGGCACGGGCCCCAGAACAAGCAGCCCUUCAUGGUGGCCUUCUUCAAGGCAACGGAAGUGCACCUCCGCAGUGCCCGCUCCACGGGGGCGAAGCAGCGCAGCCAGAACCGCUCCAAGACGCCCAAGAACCAGGAGGCGCUGAGGCUGGCCAACGUGGCAGAAAACAGCAGCAGUGACCAGAGGCAGGCGUGUAAGAAGCAUGAGCUCUACGUCAGCUUCCGGGACCUGGGGUGGCAGGACUGGAUCAUCGCACCCGAGGGCUAUGCGGCCUACUACUGCGAGGGAGAAUGCGCCUUCCCGCUGAACUCCUACAUGAACGCCACCAACCACGCCAUUGUGCAGACGCUGGUCCACUUCAUCAACCCAGACACGGUGCCCAAGCCCUGCUGCGCACCCACCCAGCUCAACGCCAUCUCUGUGCUCUACUUCGACGACAGCUCCAACGUCAUUCUGAAGAAGUACAGGAACAUGGUGGUGCGGGCCUGCGGCUGCCACUAGGCCUUCCAGGAAUCCAACCCUUCCGGCCACACUUCUCCGGAUCCACCCAGAAGCUCCCGAGGCCCUCCACCGUCCCUGGGACCUCUCCCCUCCCCAGCUCACUGGGGUCGGAGCUUCGAUUGCUUAGUCACCUGUGGAUGAGAUCUUGGCCAGCUUUGCCAGAGAAAGACCAGCCGGAAAAAUAAUCCACAAAGAAAACCAGCCGGGCCCAGGCGCGGCUGUGCAGCCCCGCCUCCGCGCACUGCGCCUGCGCCCCCUGCCACCGGUGGCACCGGUGCGGAGGAGGGGCGUGGCCAGGGGUGGCGCCCACGGUCUCUGUGCUGAAGGGAGGCCCAGCGGAAGUUUCUUUACUAAAUGUCACAAUAAAACGAAUGAAUGAAAGCGGCCAGGAUGUUACAGAUAUGUUUCCUAAACAGUUUAUCCCCGUUUCUUGGUUUACUCUGAUUUUGUAAACAGAAGCUUGCGGCCGGCGGAGGACAGCGAGGCCCCUCUGCCGCUUGGUUUCGGUCUGAGGCUGCAGGGGCGUCUGCACACACCGGACUGCAUCAGAGAUUCCAGGGAGGGGAAGGACAGCGGUCUGCUUGGAGGAGGAGGAUGGGAGCAUGUUGCAGAGCGCAGGGGCCCCCACGCCACGUAGCAGGGGAUACUUGAGAAACCGCGGAAGGGACGGGGCAGCAGGUAGGAUGGGACGUACAGCUUACCCGUGACAUUGAGAAGCACCGAGGGAAUGAAGCCCUGGCCUCGGAUGGAGUCCAUGUGUGGCUUCUCUCCGGCAGUGCCCUGGUUUCUCAGAACGAGGGAGAGAGCGUGGGUGUGGGUGUGUCUCACGUGUGCAGGGUGUGCCAACGGCCAGCUGCAGACAGCGGUUGUAGAGGGCAAUCCGACCACGUGUCCGACUUGGGGAUGGCAUUUCGGACGUGGCUCUUGGGACGAGUCCUCCUGUGAGUCUCAUCACAGGAUUGUCUUGAGCACAAGGCCUUGGAGAAGCCGUGUGCACACAUUUCCCGAGUUUGCACCAACACACAGGCUGCCCAGGCAAGCCUUGUGGCCUUGUGGAGUCCAGCCCCCUGGGAGCCCUUCUCUGCCUCCAUGGAGUUGCUUCCUGGGUUCUACUUGUACGCCCUUAUUUUUUUCUCCUUCAGUCGCUUGGGCAACGGCCUGGACGCCGCGUGGCGACGGCGAGGGGCAGCAUUUCUGUUUCACCCGUUUUGUGUGCUGGCCCGUCUCCCACUCUCGGUCUGCCCACACGCACCGCUCCUACCUGCCUUGAGUUCUCAUGUGUACGUUUAAACAUGUAAAUAGUUGUGACAAGACAAAGAAAUUAUUUAUUUCCAUCGGAAGCUCUCCCGAAAGCUCUUUGCAUCCUUGUUGGGGACCAGUGAGCUCGCUUUCUUACAACCUGUUUGUUUUCUUAUUUAAGACUAUUUAUUAAUGGUUGGACCAGUUGUACCCGUGGCUGUUUAAGAAAGUGGUCCUUAGUGGAAAUUCUGUAUGACUAGAUGAAAUAAAAGGGUUUUGACUCUGCAGAA